AGGACGCAUUAUUGUUUGAUGAGAUCCACCGUACCUGUCGAGUUGGCACAAGGGGCGAGAAAAAAACAAGACAGAGUUACCCAAAGCUCGUGGUGUAACGUCACAUGUAGAAGACACAGACUAAGCACUUAAGCAGGAAAGAUGAAUAAAUUCGCGAAAGUGGUGGAAUGUGUGCCCAAUUUUUCAGAAGGGAGGAGCAAAGAGGUCAUCGACGCCAUCGCCCAUGCACUCAUCCACACCGAGGGAUGCCACCUGCUGGAUGUGGACCCCAGUCCCUCCACCAACCGCACCGUCUACACCUUCGUGGGAUCUCCAGAUGUCGUCAUCGAGGGUGCUCUCAAUAUGGCCCGGGUGGCAGCCCGGUUGAUUGACAUGCGACAUCACCAUGGCGAGCAUCCACGCAUGGGGGCGCUAGACGUCUGCCCCUUCAUUCCUGUCAAUAAUACAACCAUCGAGGAGUGUGUCAAGUGUGCGAAAGAAUUCGGCCAGCGGCUUGCCCAAGAACUCUCGGUUCCAGUUUAUCUCUACGGCGCGGCCGCUUCAGAGGAGAAGAGAAAACUUCUGUCUGACAUUCGAGAGGGAGAAUAUGAGAAACUGGACACUAAACUUGCCAACCCGGACUGGCUGCCCGACUUUGGCUCAGCCGAGUUUGUCCCGUCCUGGGGCGCGACGGCCACCGGUGCCCGCAAGUUCCUCAUCGCCUACAAUGUCAACCUGCUGGGCACCAAGGAACAGGCACACCGCAUCGGGCUCAAUGUCAGGGAGCAAGGUCGCGGCCCCGACAAGCCGGGAAGACUGAAGUCCGUUCAGGGCAUCGGUUGGUGGCUAGCCGAGGCUAACCUGGCCCAGGUCAGCUUGAAUCUCCUGGAUUUUGAGGUCACACCGCUCCACCAGGCUUUCGAAGAGUGUGUCAAGGAUGCCGAGGAGUUGAAUCUAGCCGUCUGCGGCUCUCAGAUCGUUGGCCUGGUUCCCCUGCAGGCCAUGUUAGAUGCCGCCGAGUAUUACAUCAAGAAAGACAACCUCUUCAUCCUGGAGGAAGACCAGAAGAUUCGACUGGUGAUUAACAAGUUGGGCCUGAGUUCUCUGAGCCUCUUCAAGCCGAACGAGCGAAUCAUUGAGUACAUGAUUCGGGAGGACGAAGCCAUCGACGCACCCUUGGCCAAUAUGAGCCUCAAGUCCUUCAUCAAGAGUGUUGGAUCUAGGACCCCAGCCCCAGGGGGCGGAUCUGUGUCAGCCGCCAUAGGGGCCUUGGGUGCUGCGCUGGCCAGCAUGGUCGGAUGGAUGACUUACGGCAACAGGAAGUUCGAACAGCUGGACGCAACUAUGCGACGUCUCAUACCGCAGAUGAAUGACGUCAUGCAGAGCCUGAUACCCCUGGUGGACGCCGACGCCGCUGCUUUCAAUGGCUUCAUGAUGGCCAACAAACUUCCCAAGAAUACAGAAGAAGAAAAGAAGAUACAUGACGAUUGCACCCAGGCUGCCAUUCGCACCGCCAUCUCGGUACCCAUGCAGGUGGCCAAAUGCAUCACCGGUGUCUGGGAACCACUGAAGGAGAUGGCCAAGCAUGGUAACACGCAGUGCGUCUCGGACCUGCAGGUCGGAGCCAAAGCACUGGAGGUGGGCGUGUUGGGUGCCUACUACAACAUCAUGAUCAACAUUCCAAAUGUGGAGGAUGCUGGUUUCAAAGCCAAGGCGAAAGAGGACGUAGAGGGGUUCUUGAAGCUGGCAAGAGAGGGCGCUGCAGAGGUGCUCAAAAUUGUAGAUGAAAGAGCUUAGAGGCGAAUGAGAGUCGUAUACCGUAUUUGUCCCUUGAGUAUAUCAGAUAUCCUAAUUAAAACAAUACGUCUCACGUCUGCAUGUUUUCUGAAGACACCCAUGCAACUCUUCAUAGUUCAGGUCAGCUAGGUUAGGUCGAGUUGAAGCUCAGAUAUGCAAUACAUGCUAAAACAUAAUUGCGCAAUUCUCUGUGUUCAUAAAUAUGCUUUUGUGGUGCGUAUUGAAAUCAUUUUAUAAUAUGGAAGUGUGACGGAAUAGCUGUGCCGUAGGACGUGUGCUUUGUUUUCCAGCCGGUGUGGUUUUAAAUGUGAUAUACCCUGCGAUAAUGCAACCCGUCUUUCCUUUUUUGUUUUUUCUUCCAAAAGGGAGAUGGUUGAAUGACGGUAGUAAUUGUUCUUUACAAACCGCUUUAAUAUAUGACACAACAGCAAUACAUCUUGUGUGUGCCCUGAAAGUGUGAAAUGUGACACUGUUUAAUACGAGCGAUUCACAAUAGUGCGCCACCAAGAGUUUGCAACACGUUGGCCAAUCAUAACGCGCGAAAUUUGUCG